GCCUGCGUUCUCUGGCUCCUGUUCUUCUCACUCCCGUUUUCGUCCUCUGUGGAACCAUCCACUGAGCUUUCUUUAGGUGUCGAAUGUAUUAAAGUGGGAUUUUCUUUUCGGAACCAAAAUGUGCCUCCUAGAUGAAAGCUUUUGUUGCUGCCGAGUCUGCUAGGUUACAAUUAUCUCAUGGCAUGCCAGUAAAAAAUUCUCCUGGUUCCAAGCCUGGUACUUUAGUGUUGUGUGAAAGAGUUCAUAUCCGUGGAUUGUCAAGGCUUAAAUAUCUUGGAAAGUUUGCCAACACUGCGAAGCUGAAGAUAUCAGCAACAAAUUCAAGCAUUCGCAUACCGGCCAUUGAGGUUUGUCUCCACAGAAAUACAUCUCUGGGGAUAGGGAUGUGCCCUCACAGCCAGUGGGAGAAGGUUGCCAAGGGCUCCUGGUCUGGGUCCAUGUCACCCUUUGAGGACAAACUCUUAGAUAUACGGACAGCUGGUUCAUCGUUAGAGAGCUUUGAGGUGUCCAUUGAAGAAGAAUUUUUUAGGUAUCGCCUAAUAUUUUUGAUAUUGGGCAUAAUCAUUAUGAGCUUGGCGUCCCUCCUGAGCAAAUCAUUAGUAUUUUAUUACAGCAGUGGAAUGGCAAUAGGGGUGGUCCUUGUCAUCUUGAUUGUACUUUUUCAGGGGAUGAAGCUUCUCCCAACUGGUCGGAAGAACUCUCUUGCAAUUUUUGUGUACUCGUCUUUGGUUGGUUUGGGAUCUUUUCUCCUCCGCUACAUACCUGGGUUAUUGCGUUCAGUACUCACCGAGAUCGGAGUUAGUGAAGACAUGUAUAAUCCUUUGGCUAUAUUUCUUCUGGCUUUUGUUUUUCUGGCUGGAGCAUGGUUGGGCUUCUGGGCAGUCCGCAAACUGGUUCUGACAGAAGAUGGAUCAAUUGAUAUAAUGACAUCUCAGUUUGUUUAUUGGUCCAUCCAAAUUGUGGGUGCUCUUAUGACUUUUCAGAGUUCUGCUGAUCACCUUCUGGCAGCGGAAGCUACAGUAUUUGGAUUCUUAGCAUCAGUAAUAUUGAAGAAAAUCUUUAGAUGGAGAUUCCUCCGUCGUGUGUACAGGUAUCUGUCUUUCCCGUUCUGGAGCUUAGUCAUGGCCUUCCAUUACUAUGAUCUGCCAUCAUUUCCUUCGUCAAUAUCUACAAUGAAAUUGUCGAAAUCACCCAGAAAGAACAGCAGAAGAUUGGAGAUUCCUGAUUCUCCACCUUCUCCGCCUUCUCCACUGUCAGAUUCGGGGUUAUUUGCUUCUACCUUCCACACCACACCUGAAAGGAGAAAAUUCUCAAAAGAAGAGUGGGAAAUGUUCACCGCAGAGACGACAAAGCAAGCCUUGCAAGAACUUGCUUCUUCUCCUGAUUUUCACAGAUGGUGCUCCUCAAAUGUCGAAAGAAUCAGUGUAGGCCCCCGGAGCACGAGAAAAGUUGCUGAUCAACCGCGCCGUUGGUGGCUUCUUUAGUGGUGCUAGGCAAGCAGCUGACAACAUUUCCUUCGCAAUGUCGGCAUGGGCAAAGUUAAGUUGGAAAGAAGCCGAGAUGCGUGUUUGGACAUAGUCUGGAAAGAAGAAGCAGGAACAACUGUGAUGUUGUAAAUUCCAUAGUUUUGUGCGGUUCAUUAUUUUUGAGCAACCUGUAGGCUGUAUGGAACAAAUCGUUGUUUAAGUUAACAGUAGGCU